UUGUUUACGUCCGUUUGUUGGUACUACUGUAAACAUGAUCGCUCAUUCAGGGCGUUUCAGUUUUUCAGACUUUUACUGUAUUUGCGAAUAGUUUCAGUUGCAUUCAGUUGAUUUUCAGCCCUUUAAAUAUCGGCCACUUCGAAUAGUUGUUAACAUGGCAAGUAAAUUGCAAGAUGACAUUCCAUUAGCUGACGAUGAUCCGCAAGUGAUCAUAUCUGAUGAUGUUGAAGUUGCUUCAACAUAUUCCAGUAUGAUGCAUGGACAAAGUAUGGAUUCUAUACAGUCAUCAUUCACAAAUGGCAGUUCCAGUCCUCAGCAUCAUAGCCUGGAGCCAGAUUGUAACCCAGAUGAGCAAGAGGAGAAGGCUCGUUUGAUUUCUCAAGUCCUAGAGCUACAGAACACCUUAGAUGAUCUCUCUCAAAGGGUAGACAAUGUUAAGGAAGAGAAUUUGAAAUUAAGAUCUGAAAAUCAGGUGUUGGGACAAUACAUUGAAAACCUUAUGUCUGCAUCUAGUGUAUUCUCAUCAACUCCCAAAGUGAAGAAAAAAUAGAUGAUGAACUGCUUAGGUCCCAUUGAAAUUGGAUAUGUUACAGCACAUUGAAGAAGGAAUGCUUUGAUUGAAAUCUAGUCUCUUUUAUUCUCGAAUUUAGUUUGUUAAAAACUUGAAAUAUUACUACUUACAAUGUCUAUGAAAGCUUCUUUGGAUUUACAUGCUUGGAUCAGAUCCAAACAUUCACACUAUUAUAAUUUGUAUAUUAAUGUUUCUAGCCUUGUUGGCAGAUUGUGAAUAAGACCACUCUUAA